ACGUUCAAUUUGACAGUAAGAAAAUUGUUUGUUGUGGUUAAUAGUUUCGUUAAAAAUAAUAAAAAUUAUAAAUGUUUAUAAAUUACAUGUCAAUUGUUUAUUGUCAACAAAAUAAAUAAAUAAAUAAAUUUAUAAUGAAAAUUAUAUAAAAUUUAAUUACUAAAUAAAUAUAUUAAUUAAAUUAAAGAAAUAAAUAAAAAAAACAAUCAACACUUUGUAUCUUAAAUUCACCCUAAACUUUGACGUUUAAAAAAAAUAAAAUCAGCUGAUUAAAAUCACAUUUAUAUAAAAAAUUUUACCAACACUACUAAAUCAUCAAAAUAAAAAUAAAAUAGCAAAUAGCAAUGGCGAAAUUAAGGCACGUUGUUUGGGAAUUGUCUUCUAAUUUUUCAUCAAAUCGUUAUUUUUCAAGAUUAUUAACUUCUCCAUUGUGUCAAGUUGCAUCUCCUGGUGUAAGAAAUAUAAAUAAUAAUGUUGAUAUUAAAUCAUCAAUUUCUGAUGAUGUAUUGAUAAGUGAUAGCUGUGUUGAUAGAUUAAAAGAAAUUGCUAAAGAUGGUGAUUGUUUGAGAAUCAUUGUUGAAGGUGGUGGAUGUUCUGGAUUUCAGUAUAAGUUUGAUCUUGAUAAACAAAUUCACAAUGAUGACAAAAUAUUUCAAAAAAAUGGAGCUAAAGUAGUCAUUGAUGAAACAUCCCUGGAAUAUGUUAAAGGAUCAACAAUUGAUUAUCAUACUGAAUUAAUACGUUCAUCAUUUAGAAUAAUUAAUAAUCCACUUGCUGAACAAGGCUGUAGUUGUGGUGCUAGUUUUUCAGUUAAAAUUGAUUGAUAAUAAAUAUAAAUUUAUCGUAGUUGAAAAUAUAAUAAUAAUAAUAAAAUAUAUAUUUUUAAAAAAAGUUUAUUUGAAUUGACGAUUAUAGUUUAAUUAAUAAUUUUGUGAAAAUAAUAGAAUUGUUUAUUUAAAUAUUCGGGCUUGUUUUAAAUUAAUCGAAAUUAAUUAUUUAAAAUUGUUGAGUUGAUAAAUUUUAAUGGUCAUUAUUUGGAUAAGCAAUUUUUUUAAAUGGCUGUAUUUUUUUGUCAUCAAUGUGUUGAUAAAAAAUUAAAAAAUUAUAAUUUUUUUUUGUUGAUUUUAUGAAAUUAUAGUUGACAUUGCAAAUUAAAAUUUUUAUUAAUAUUUUUUUUAGAAUAAUACCUGGAAAAAAUUGAUGAAAUUUAUUUUUUUCGUUUUUAAAUUUACAAAAAUUUUCAUCUCUAAACUUGGUAAUUAAUUUAUAAUUUAAUUUCUAUUUUGAAAAUUUAAUUGACAUUAAUUUUAAUUAACAAAAAUGACUGGUAAUUUAUAUAGAAAUUUAAUUUUUUAAUUUACACAUAAUUAUUGAAUCGAAAAGAAAAAUAAACAGAUGAGUUUUUUCGAAAUUUUUAUUAUCCACUAAUUAAAAGUUAAAAAAUUUUUAUUAAAAACAAAUAGAUUAAAUGAAAAUUAAUUUAUUUAUGUAUAUAAUUUUGUUCUUUAAUAUAAUUUAACACUGAGUAUCUGACAUUGAUACAAGUAAAAUAUUUAAAAAUCAAUUUAAAAAUUUUUCAAAUAUUGAUAAAACAUUUUUUUUUAAAUUUUUGAAAUAUAAAUUUAUUUAAUUCAUUAAAAAUUUCCCUUGGAAUGUUUGUAAUAUAUAUCAAAUUAUCUAUUUUUGUUUUCCCUUUUUUCCAUUCUGUAAGCAAAAAAAAAAA